AUGAAACCACCACAGUUUCAUGGGGGUUUGGAUCCGUUAAAGGCUGAAGCAUGGGUCCACAGUAUAGAGAAACUAUUUGAAGUGUUUCCUUGCUCAGAGACACAGAAAGUACUCCAAGCCACCUUUUUGCUAGAAGAUGAGGCAAGAAGAUGGUGGAUGUUAAUGCGUGAGAAUCAUAAAGAUGUUAACUGGGCGAAAUUCCUAGAAGUCUUCUAUGAUAAGUACUUCCCUCAGUGUGUCCGUGAUAGGAAAGUAUCGGAGUUCAUAGAACUUAAAGAAGACAGCAUGACAGUAGCUGAACUGGUUACUAUAUACGUUGAUGAAAUUGUUCGUUUACACGGAGUUCCAGUAUCCAUUGUCCCGGAUAGAGAUCCGAAGUUUGUGUCUAGAUUGUGGAAGAGUUUGCAAAGGGCUAUGGGGCCAGAAUUGAGGUUUAGUACCGCAUUCUACCCACAGACAGACGGACAAUCAGAAUGGACAAUAUAG